AUGGUACAGCUCUUUGCCAGCCUCGCAGACCAAUUCCCAAGACUGAACAGACUGGACUUUGGACAAUAUUUCCCCAAUCGAGAAGGCGUCUCAUCUACGCGGAGCGACAACGACUUUAUCUACUCGUACUCUCUUGCCAGUGCUGGGAGGGCAGAGCCCCGGGUAUAUAACGACAUUUCUCACUUUCAGGGCACUGGACAAGAUCAACAGGCUGAACUCGCCUUCCUCACCGGAUAUCCUUCCCCGCAGUGGCUGAAUGCGGUGCAGUUCAUCCAGCUCGUGGUGCCAUGUAUCGUGUUCACUGGGCAUGAGGGCCGGUUCAUUCCGGCGGACGAUCUACAGCAGGCUCGCUUCGCAUGUGCGGAGCUCCUGCGACAAAGGUCCAAGAGCUUCUUCGGGCGCACAGAGACUCCCGCGGGUCAGACGAUUGUGCGCGGGGUCAAUAUUCAUAGUGGCGAGGCGAUGGUGCUGGAGCAUGCCAUUACCGUUUGUGUGCAGACAAACGGCGAAGCAUCGAAGAUCCUUGUAUGGAGCGAUGCAGCUAGCGAUGAUAUUUCCAACUAUAUGCCGAUCCCCGCCGUGAACGGUUUCCGGAACUGGCCAGUGCUCUCGAGUGCUGUCCGGUGUUCUUCGAGAAGCACCUCGACCCUCCGCCCCGGCAAUCGCGAAGCAAGGCCUCUCGCCGUCCUGGGGGUAGCGUGCAAGCCUUGCCACACAUCGCACCCAGACCAAAGACGUGGCGUCAUUGAACAUGGAAGAGAUCUCGAAUACACGAAGAAUGUCCUGGUCCGAUGGGCUGCGCACUUCUGCGCACUGGGCCAGGCGCUGGACCCCAACUGUCCCGGAAACCCCCUCGGAGCUCCACGAACCCAUCAGAUAUUCCCUUCACGGGAAAGAAUGUUGACCCUGAAACGGCGUGACCUGGACUUCCUCGUCGCAGAGGCUCAAGUAUUGAUUGAGCUGUGUGACAGCGGAAAGGCGACGAUCAUGGGCAACUUCUCCAUCGCGGAAUCCAAGCGCACGGCGGAGGACUCGCGGCUGGUCGGCGAGUUAACUAAGCUGACCAACCGCUUGACCUUCAUCUUCCUCCCAAUUUCUUUCGUGACUUCAGUGUUCGGGAUGAACUUCAAGCAGUUUGGACAGGGGCCCCCUGGAUAUUUGGAUCUAGGUGGCCAUCACGGUGCCCUUACUGGUUAUGUGUGUGAUUCUCGUGGAAUGGAGGAUCUCGGCGCGAGCCCUGGUCGAGAAGGGAUGGGCCAGAUUACGCCGCCUCGACCCUUAGGAGGUGUCUGA